AUGAUUGGCACGAGAGAUACAGGGAUAAAAAUUGCGGCAAAUCCUGCCCUUGGUAUUAUCUCUCACGUUCCAUUUGGUGGCCUGAGAACGCCCUGGAAGUUAUUCACGAUCUCCGUUCCUGAGCAAGCUGAGUUUUGCCAGCAGUGGAGGCGACUGUGCGUUGGCGGCGUAAAUCACUGGAGACCUGUGGCGAAGUACAUAACAUACGACGAUGAGAACGCCACAAGUGGGAAUAAUAACAUCUGUACAAGUUUGCUUGAACAAAUUGUUGGAAUAUUCUAUGCGUUGGCAGGCAAAAUCUUUUUUUAA